UCACUUUGCGGACUGAAAAGUCAAAGGAGUGAGGGGAAGGAACGCGGGGACGGGAUCGAGGGCAAAACCGUUGACUAACUGACGGCUCAAAGUUGAAGGCGCUUGUCCGCUUCUUGAAGGACGAAAAGCAUAUGCACUGGCUUGCAGUGUCGGGGGCAAAAGCGGACGUAGUGCAGCGCGUGCGGUCUGCACUUUGGCCAUCUUUGUCACCAGCGGCGAGUGGCUCGGUGACUCCAACACCACGAAGUUACCCUCAUGUAGCCACAGGACUACCAAAUGGCCCCCCAUUAUAUCUGCCGCCAACCUACGGAGUAACAGAGGCUUUGCCCGCGGACCUUACCAAUGCUUGGAAGCAUUUACCCGCCUCGCAUCUUAUUCAUUACAAGUUGGAAUUACCCUGCUUUGCCCGGCGGUUCGCCUUUCGCUCCGAUGAUUGGAAGGGAAAUCCGGUUCUGGCGGACUGCCAACUAUCGCUGACGCAGCCUGCCAUCAACGAGGAUGAUUGUCGCUUUCAUCUAUAUUUAUUCAACCAGUCAACGUAUGCUUUUAUCAACGAUCAGAGUUGGAAAAACGGCCUCCAUCCUGCGAUCAACGGCCUUCCCUUGGCACCUCCAAUGCAAAGGGGUUCGGAGACCGAUCCUUUUCUAGACAUCACCACCCAGAUCAAAAGUCUCAUAAAAAUAGGGACCGGGAAACCGUCAGUGCCCGUCCACGUCAACCUCACCAUUCCGUCAUACUGCCGGAGUGGCGUAUUAGCCAUGCUUUGUCUCCGACGGCUUCCUAUAGAAACGGCCGUGUGUAGAGUAUACGAGCAAACGUUACGACAGUACGGUUACAAGGACAUUCCACAACCUCCUCCACCCACCACGCCACUUCCGGAUGGGUAUCAGGCAUUCACCGCGACGGGGAUCCCGGCAUUAGCAGACGCACAGAAACUCUUCCAGGACGAGAUAAUAUCAAAGCACGGUCAGGAUACGGCAAAGAAAGGCAAUUCGCAAGAUGAUGACAUCGAGAUGGGCAACCAGAUAGUCUCCUUCCAGUGCCCCUUGACUCUGAUGCGGAUAAAUAUCCCGAGCAAGAGCCACUUGUGUCAUCACAUGCAAUGCUUCGAUUGCGAGUCAUUCCUGUCUUUCAACAAUGCUCCUAAUAGCAAAUGGAAGUGCCCCAUCUGCGCCAGACGCGUAGAUGCGAAGGAUCUGAGGAUCGAUGUAAUAUUCUCAAAACUCCUCUCCAAAUACCCUGACGCAGAUCGCUGCGUCAUUUUACCCAGUGGAGAGUCAAUAUCCUACCAAGAAGCCUCACAUACCGCGAAAUCAACACCUAAAGGAUCAUCAUCCCCAUCAGCAUCGACAUCAGCACUACCAAACGAUCCAUCCUCACGAAAACGAAAGCAUUCCGAAACAGAUGACGGGGUAAUCGACCUGGAGGACGACGACAUUGCACUCGUUCACCGGGCUAAACGUGCAACGUCGUCGGCCCGGUCGACUCCGUCUUUACCGGCUUGGAGCGGGACUGUCAUCGACCUGGAUUAAGCCACCAGGCAUCACCAACCCUCCUCCCACUGCACAUGUAUAUACCACUCACGACGCCCCAAUUGAGGCUCACAUGGACACACACGCCAUUGCGCCCCUUCCACAAUUGUUUAUACUUUUCCCUUGCACCUGCGAGUGCUUAAGGAGAGCCCUAGCACCGUCAUAAUACUG